AUGUCGCGGUCAUCAAUGUCUCCUGCAGAGGGGAGCACUACCACCAGAAAUCCUACCACCAGCAUCAGCACCCGCGGCCGAAGACGGUCGCAUCACGCCUGUUUAGCUUGCAGACGUAAAAAGACUCGUUGCCCAGGCGAGAAACCACAAUGCUCAAGCUGUGUCCGCCUCACACAGUCGUGCUCUUAUCCGCCAGCUAUUAGGCCCUCCCUAAGUGGCCCUUCGGAGGAGAGAUUGGCGCAUUUGGAAGAGAAGCUCGACUUUUUACUCAACGGUAAUUUGUCUACGUCACAAAUACAGCAACAGCAACAGAACCAACGCCAACAGUCACAACUCGAAUCCCCUCAAGAAACAACAGACACUUCUGAAAAGUCAUACUCGAGCGUUCAAAACACGCGCGAGCCAAGUUAUCCCACGAGUCAUCCCUCGGUCAAGUCCGAAUCCGACAACUCGUCGCUGCGACCCAGCCUAUCCGACAUCGCAGCUGGCGUUGCGCUCUACUUCGAGUACUGCCACCGACAACCAAUAUGGUGUUUUGAGAGGGACGAGGUCAGCAACUUUGUCUCGAUGCAUGAUGAGCUCGCCUGCAGUAUUCUUGCUCUAACUUUGCGCUUUUCCGAUAAUGCCCACCAGGCCAAGUUGUAUGCCAACAAUGCAAAGAACCUUAUUAUGCUGCGUAUUGCAAAUGGCAGCGUGGAUCUUGCGACGCUUGAGAGUCUUUAUGGGCAUGUGCAUCUGGGCCAAUUUCACCUGGGUCUUGCCCAUCAAUUAUGUCGCUCCGCAAUGCUGGACGUCAAGUCCUUCUAUGGCGUCGUUGAAGAUCCCAUGACAGAACGCAAGAAGCGAUUGUUCUGGAGUCUACAACUGCUUGAGCAAUCUUAUGGUCGCCAAGAAGGUCUUUUGAGUGUUCCGACAGAGAUCUGGAGACCCGCUUACUCUAUGUCAAGAGGCCCUCAACCAGUGCACGAUCCACGAGCUCCCACUAUGCCUCGAGAUGACCUCGGCUGCAACCACUCGAAUGAACCCGGUAUCUGGAAUACCAGUGUUCAUCUUGGCUGGGUUUGGAGCCAAGUUCGAAAAUAUGUUUCCGAUUGUGCGCACAACAACAUCAAAGAGCCCUGGCGACAUGACUCCAUGUAUGCAAAGGUCCUCGCCGACUUUAUGGAAACGGAAAACAGGAUACCCAUGUGCCAUCGCUACGAUACGGUCAGGUUCUACGAGCGCGAAGUUGAAGACUUGAAGAUGCACCGCGAUUACUGGGCGCCUUGGCUCAAGGAGCAAUUCACAUACCACGUUAUUCCCACCGUCCUCAACCACCCUUUCCUCUACAUCGUCGGAGCACAGCACAAUCCCAACCUCGCCAUCCCCAACACCUUUUGGAGACGAUCUUCCGAACUCGCUCUGCUUCAUUCUACUUGGAUCGUCCGAAUGAUCGACAUGGUCGUCGACAAGCAAGUGCCCCUUGCAGAUCCCUUCUUCGGGCAUGUGGCUGCUAUUGCGGCCACGGUGCAUCUGUACUACCGUUGCGCGGCUGCGACCAGGUUAAAGCACAAGUCCAAUGCCGACUUUGCUAAGUGUAGGCGGUUCCUCGAGAACUUUUUGCCGACUUCGGCUGCUUGCAGAGCAUUGGAUCGCAACCUUGACAAGAUGACGCGUAUUGCCGCGGGCACACCUGACAGCAUGGAGGUGGACGACUGGAUGCUCUCCAACAUCUACCUUAGCGUUCCCCUCAUGUGGAAGAUCCUCCAGUUCAGCACAGGGGCCGACUCUCAAGAGCUUCCCACAGCUGGCCUCCUCAACCAAUCGCUGGUGCCCAACUCAAUGCAUGAAGGGGACAACGAGAACGUCACCUUGGAAAUCAUCGUCGCCAACGCCCCAGAAAUAUCCAUCAACACAGCUGAUGGGGGUCAAGAGGCUCCUGCAUUAUCCUACAAGGCGGCCCCUUUAUCUUCAUCACAGGGCCCAGACUCGGCGGGCGACACAGUCUAUGACGACAUCCCCGUUUAUGACAGCAUAACGCUAUGCACAUCACCUUGGCUCUAUGCGGACUCUUCGCAGUUUGUCAAUAUCACUGAUAUGAGCUGCGACGACCCGCAACAUCCCACGAACGAUAGUAACAGAGGGCCUGCUUGGUGGGAAGGCGAAAACUUUAGUAAUAUCAUGUUUAAUCACUUUUAG